AUGCAUCUCUUUGAGAAAAACAAAGAACAAUGGUACCCUAAAAUCCUGAUAAUGAAGUCUGAUGAUGAAACAAAGUCACUUGAUAAGGUAUCUCCCUUCAUCGUCGCUAAAUCUCUUGAACACGUGAUUGGAAAAACAUACAAGGCCAAAAAGUUGAGAAGUGGAGAGAUCCAGAUCGAGGUUGAGACCAGUCAGCAGAGUUCGGAACCGUAUUUCCCGAAGAUACUGAUCAUUCAUGCUGAAGAUGAGACAAAACCACUAGCUACUAUCUCUCCCUUUCUAGUCGCUAAAACUCUAGAACAAGUAGUUGGUAAAGUGUACAGUGCAAAGAAAUUGAGAACUGGUGACAUCCACAUUGAGGUCCAGAGCAGGCAGCAGAGCUCAGCACUAUUGUCAGUAAAACAGAUUGGUAGUAUUCCAGUUUCAGUAACUGCACACCGCACCCUCAACACAGUCAGAGGUGUUAUCUCUAGCGAGGAGUUACUGCAGUGCUCCGAAACAGAGAUCGAGGACGGCUUAAAAGACCAAGGGGUGAUCAGUGCCAAACGGAUAUCCAUCCGCAGGGACAACAAAGAAAUACCAACCAGGCACAUCAUCUUAUCCUUUCAGUUGCACACACUUCCUACAGAAAUAAAGGCUGGGUAUGUAAACUGCCAUGUCCGACCCUAUAUACCUAACCCGCGUCGAUGUUUCAAAUGCCAGAGAUUUGGCCACCAUUCCCAAGUAUGCCGUGGGCACCUGAUCUGCCCCAAGUGCGCGGGGGAUGGCAAUGACCAUGCUCCAGAGUCGUGUAAAAACACUUUACGUUGUGUCAACUGUGAAGGCAAUCAUCCAUCCUAUUCAAGAAGUUGCCCACGCUUUAGCGACGAGAAAGAAAUCUUGAGAAUUAAAACUGUACAGAAGCUGACAUACAAAGCAGCGAAGACACAAAUGGAGUUUCAGAAAAGAGGAUCUUUCUCUGAAGCGGUGCGCCGGGGAGUGGCAUCGCUCAGAGUAUCCGUGGGGACCCAAACCUGUGGGCCUCCACUCCACACUCCCCAAACACAAGAAAAGUCUGCGGAGAGUUCGCCUCCGCAGGCUCCCUCCACAAUCUCCACGGAGGUUGAUGGCGGGCUUUCAGUUUGGGAUGGGCUCACUGGGAGCUCAUCGCAGACUGCCACACACUCAAUGGAGCUUGACGAUGAUGACUGCAUGUCGCAGAAAUCAUCGUCAAGUCUUCCAUGUACACUGGACCAGAGAGCUCCUUCGCAAGGGAAGGAGCAAAGAGAAAAACCUGGAGGUCGAGGUAGAGGCAAGUCAAGGGAGAAACAGAGGCUUCCCCCGCCAAGGGUCACACCCCCUUAA